UGCACAGCUCACAGCUCCGUUAUGCCAAGCAGCUCAAUGUAUUUUAUUAUUAUAACUAGUGCAUUGAUUUACACAUUAGUUGUACAACUCGACAGAGCGCAAAAUGAGGAAGAUAAAUUUUAGCGCAAUUUUUUUAUAUGUCUACCGAAUUCCUCACGAUGAACGUGAUUUUUGUGUGAAUUUCUGUUGUGUUUCUUCACCUCGUGCCAGUGUUGACGUAGAAAAUAAACCUCGUUAGUCGAGUAAUUAAAUAGACUCGACUUUCAUCCGACGUAUCAAAAUCAUAAAAUUUGCAACUGCAGUUUUACGGAUUUUUUUUCCGACGGAGAUUGUUAGCUGUUGAAAAAAAAAAAAAAUUCUCAAUGGAGGAAAAAACUGCCAUGGAGCAAAGAGCAGAUGGAGACGUGUCUUUUAGCGAGUUUUAUUCGAGAGUGUGCGAUCGCAUAAGAAGUGAAAACAUUCUCGACACGGUCAUGAAGGAAUUUCAACAAUGCUCAUCGGACCAACAACGAAUCUCCUACGUUUGGAAUUUACCAGAGACCAGACAACUCUCAUUAAAACACAAAACAUCCUUCAAGAGUCGCGAGGAGGCAGCAUUUUGUGAAGAUUUGUACGACAGGCUCGUCGUUGAUGAGAGAAAUGCAGACAAAGCCCUGGAAGCGAUACAGAGAGCCAUCCUGAAAACUCCUACAGCUGACAAGCAUCUUCUGGCCGUAAGGUUCAUGAAACGUGCGUGGGCGCUGCUGCUUAUGGAGAAGUUUACAGAAGCUUUCGUGGACGCCAAACGAGCCAUCAUCUCGACGCAAACUCCAGGGGUACUUUGGAACGCUCAUGAAAUACUUGGACACUGCAAUGCCAAAGCAAGAAAAUUCAAAGAAGCUGAAGCCAAUUUUGCGAAGGCUUUAGAAAGUCUGAAAAAGAGCAAAGCAAGUAACGUCGAACGAGCCGCGGUAGCGGGUAGAGUUUCAACGGUACUUCGUAUGGUUAAAGAUGAAAACAAACCUAAAAAUCGAUCAAAAGAGUCAGCUAAAAAGCUAGAAGAGAAUCGUACCAAGAAAAACACGACUAGGAACACAGAUACACUGGACGAAGUGUCGGCACCGACAACAGCAAGCGAUGUCAGUAGAUCCAGAAAGCUGCCCAAGUUAUCCUAUGGCACGCAUCCCAAGCUAGUGAGCGCCAGCGUGGCUGUUAGGGUGGUCGUCACGGAGGAAAGAGGCCGAGCUGUCGUCGCAAGCCGAGACAUCAAGCCUGGCAGCGUGGUGAUGGUAGAGCAGCCGUAUGCGUACACGGUGAACGCAAGCCAACUGCACGAGCGAUGCCUGCGCUGCUGCCGCCGGUCGCUCACCAACGUUCCUUGUGACAACUGCGCUGUAGUUCAGUACUGCGGCGAGUCAUGUGCUCGGCAGGCGGCGCAGCAGCACAGGCUGCAGUGCUGUGUCCUCACGCUGCUCUACGACGCCGCUCUCGGCAACAUGGCACCCCUCGUAUUCAGGAUAUUGAGCACGAUAGGCUGGACAAAACUGAAGAAGAGUCAGGAGAAGCUGUGCCAGGAGCAGGAGUUGGCAGAGCAGAAGGAACGAAGCGGCCCCGAUGACAUCCUCGUCAGCGGCCACCAGCCCUGGGGCUGGGAGGGCCAGUAUUCCCCUCACGACUACCUCGCAACUUUCAACCUCGUCACCAACUCUUCAAAACGAACCUUCGGUGACUUAUUCAAGCGGGCUCUCUCUGCUGCGUAUCUCACGCAUUGCUUGCUCACGGCAGGAUUUUUCGCACCCACAAAACCUACUGAAGAAGAACUGCAGUUCACAGCGACGCUCGCGCUGCGGCAUUUGCAGAGCAGUUCAUGCAAUGCCUAUGAGAUAAGCGAGAUGCAGAUCACAGGAGAUAUCGCAGGGAACAAGUCACUGGAGAUUGGAGGAGCAAUAUACCCCACAAUUUCCUUGACUAAUCACAGCUGCUUCCCUAAUGUGACUCGUUACAACGUAGGGACCGCAUGCGUACUGAGGGCUACGCGGUUCAUACCGCGGGAUGCGGAGAUACUGGACAACUACGGUUACUUCUUCCAUGCGACACCCUUGAUAGAGCGAAGAGAUGCUCUCAGGAACCAAUAUAAGUUCGACUGCAGCUGCGAUGCGUGCACGUAUCAGUGGCCGCUGUAUCCCCACCAGGGCGGAGAACCAGUGGUGUUCAGGUGCCCUGUCAGCACCUGUCAAGCUCCUUCAUCUCUCGGCGAUGGUCUCAAGAAAAAAUGUAGAACGUGUGGGGAUGAGAAGGACUACGGCAAGUUAGUCUCAGAGAUCAGUGACAAAUUGCCAGAUUAUUCAAAAGCUAUUCAGCAGAUGCAGUCCGGGAGAUUCGAGACAGCGCUGCAGACGCUCGUGCAGCAUCAGGCAAUGCUCGAUGGUUUCGCAGUGUACCCUGCCAAGCAUUACACAGACGUGCAAGAAAUCAUGCGCCAGUGCAUGAGCUCCCUAGGCAAUGUGAAUCAUUGUGAAGCAACCAACACGGAGUAAACAUCAAUUAGAACAGAGUGAACUUUUAAACUUCUGAUUCAAUCUAACUGAAAUAAUUAACUAAAAGCAAAGUUCUUAAAUCUUAACGAAAAAGUUCAUCUAAUACAUCAUUCUUGUUCUCAAGUGGUUUUAAUUGCUUUCAAUGCCUGUAGUUGAAUCUCAAUAAAGCGAUUCACAAUAUCAGAACACAUAAAAUUUAAAAUAAAUGAAUAUUAAAUGAGAUGUUAUGCGUUGUUUCUACCAGCAACUAUGGCUACUAGGUACAAGUACUGCUAUACCACAUCUCUGUCGCAAAGCAGAAGUAGGUA